CAAUAGAAGUGACACCAUGGCCCCCAAACUCAUCACCCUCCUGUGUCUGGGAUUCUGUCUGAACCAGAAGAUCUGCACACAUGCGGGUGCUCAGGACGAAUUCUCCCUGUCAGCCUGGCCAAGCCCUCUGGUUCCCCUAGGAGGACGUGUGACUCUCUCCUGUCAUUCCCGUUUUCAGUUUGUCAUGUUCACAAUAUUCCAAACAACUGGGAGCCAAACCCGUACGUCGUACACUGGCUUUUCCAACCACGUCACCAUCAACGCUGUGACCCCAGGACACGCAGGGUCCUACAAAUGUGCUGGAAUUUACAAGCACAACUCAAAGCAGUCAGCUGAGAGCAAAUCCCUGAACAUCAUUGUCACAGGCUUGUUCACAAAACCCUCCAUCUCGGCACACCCAAGCUCCCUGGUGCACACAGGAGCCAGGGUGAGCCUGCGCUGUUGCUCACCACUGGCCUUUGAUGCGUUUGUCUUAUACAAAGAGGAGCACAAGCAGCACUCUCAGCAGCUUGACGAGGGGAUGGAGGCUGGGAGCCACUAUGUCCAGGCUGUCUUUUCCAUGGGUCCUAUAACGCCUGCCCAUGCAGGAACCUACAGAUGCUGUGGUUCUUUCAAUCGCUCCCCCUAUGAGUGGUCGGCUCCCAGUGACCCACUGGACAUUGUGAUCACAGGAAAAUACAAAAAGCAUUCUCUCUCCACCCAGGUGGACCCCAUGAUGAGGUUGGGAGAGAAGUUGACCUUCUUCUGCAGCUCUGAAAUCUCAUUUGACGGGUACCACCUGUUCAGAGACGGGGUUGCUCAUGGACAGUGGCUCAGUGGAGGGCAGAGGCACAGUGGAGCAUUCCAGGCCCACUUUUCUGUGGGCCCCGCAAUGCCAGUCCCUGGCGGGACCUAUAGAUGCUAUGGUUCUUUCAAUGACUCUCCCUAUGUGUGGUCAGCCCCCAGUGACCCACUGCACCUUUGCGUCACAGAAAACACUAAGAGUACUCCCCUGUCAUUCAUGGAAUCCACUGCUGAAUCUGACACACAUCUUCCUCAAGGACAGUCCAGCAACAACCUGAAUAUCCCCAUUGGACUCUCAGUAGCCAUCAUCUCCAUUGGUGUUUGCCUCUCUGCUUUUAUUGGUUUCAGGUGUUACAUAAAAUAUUACACCACCACAGCAAACACAGAGCCCAUGGAAGGCCACCGGAUGGAUGAAGAGGGCCCUGCAGUGGAAGAGACACAGGAGGUGAUGUAUGCCCAGUUAAACCACCAGGCCCUCUCACAGACAGGAUUCACUCCUGCCUCCCAGUGUCCCAAGUACCUCUCGGAGGAUCCCAGUAUCUAUGUCACCAUCCACCAAGCCCAGACUGAGGCCAGAGCUGCCCCCAGUCUUUGGCACAGAGGUCAUUAAUACGCAAGGACCUGGAUCUAUUUCUAGGAAGAUUGUUCUCCACGGACAUUCUUCCUCCUUCUGGUACCAUCUUGACACCUCCAACCUGGCAAGAGCAGUGUCUGAAUGCUUGUGGGAUUAUCUUAAAAUUCCAGCACAGCUGAACAGACAACUAGCCAUUCUACGAUCCUAUUUUGAUCUUCUAGCCAUUUAAGGUGGUUUGACUAUACCCACACACUCAUCCUGGAUAUCUCAUGAAUAUCAUCUGACUUAUUCUGAAAUUCUACAGACCUGCUUCUGGAAAGCCGACGUAUACGCUCAGCCAGUUUAAUCUCUAAAUUCCUCAAUAAGGUUUUUUUUUUUUUAAGUUUUAAAAAGGUUCUGGGGUCCGUGUGCAGGAGGUGUAGGUUUAUUUCAUAGGUAAACGUGUGCCAUGGUGGUUUGCUGCAUCUAUCAACCCCUCACCUAGCUAUUAAACCCAGCAGGCAUUAGCUCUUUUCCCUAAUGCUCUCCGUACCCGCUUCCCUCCUCUGACAGGCCCCAGUGAGUGUGCUCCCCUCCCUGUGUCCCUGUGUUCUCAUUGUUCAGCUCCCACUUAUAAGCGGGAGCUGUUCCUGCAUUAGUUUCUGUUCCUGCAUUAGUUUGGUGCGCAUAAUGUCUCCCAGCUUCAUCCAUGCCUCUGCAAAUGAUAUGCUCUUAUUCCUUUUAAUGACUGCGUAGUAUUCCAUGGUGUAUAUGUAUCACCUUUUCUUUAUCCGAUCUAUCAUUGAUGGGCAUUUGGGUUGAUUCCAUAUCUUUGCGAUUACUCAGUAACAUUUUGCAGAGAUGAAGUGUAUUCAGUAUCUGAGUCAUCUAAUGUGGUGAAGUUUUUGAAUACUUCAAAUUCUCGACAAGCAUUUGACGUGUUUAAAUUUGACAAUACUUGAAGUUUUCGAAUACUUCAAAUUCUUGACAAGCAUUUGACGUGUUUAAAUUUGAGAUAACCAAAAAAUUAAUAGUUCUCUCAAAACUCCCAUGUGGUACACUUAUUUAUUUAUUUUACUUUAAGUUCUGGGAUACAUGUGCAGAACGCGCAGGUUUGCUACAUAGGUAUACUAGCCAAAUAUGGCUUUUUUACUUAGAAUAGAUCAAAUUCCAUGAAGUUUAAAAUUCAGUUCCUCAGCCACAUGGCCACAGUUUGGGUUCUCAGAGCCACGUGUGGCUGCUGGCUGUCAGAGAGAACAGCAUGAAUACAAAUGUUUUCCUUGUCAGAGGAAGUUCUAGCUGUUCUAGAUUAAAGGUACAAAUUUGAAGAUGCAGAGGCUGUUUUCUCAUGCAGUGCAGGCUCCUGGAAGAGACCUAACAUAACAAAACGAUAAUAUUUAACAUCAGUGGUGAGAUGUCUUUAUCUCAGGGAAUGCGAGGAACAAGCAGAAUUCUCUCGUGGAGUGUCUUAUCACCUCUUAUCCUCAUGCAAAUUUCUGCCACAGAGAUUUUCUCCCAAACUCUGAGAAGGUCACCUCUGUCAGGCCUCUGAGCCCAAGCUAAGCCAUCAUAUCCCCUGUGACCUGCACGUAGACAUCCAGAUGGCCUGAAGGAACCGAAGAGCCACAAAAGAAGUGAAAAUAGCCUUAACUGAUGACAUCCCACCAUUGUGAUUUGUUCCUGCCCCACCCUAACUGAUAGGAUAUAUUCUACCCCGCUCUUAGGAAGGUACUUUGUAAUAUUCUCCCCGCCCUUAAGAAGGUACUUCAUACGCCCAUCUCAAACCUAUAAGAACUAACGAUAAUCCCACCACCCUUUGCUGACUCUCUUUUCGGACUCAGCCCACCUGCAUCCAGGUGAAAUAAACAGCCCUGUUGCUCACACAGAGCCUGCUGGUAGUCUCUUCACACGGAUGCUCACGCCACCCUCCCAUGUGCACCUUUUCUCGUCUCCUGAUUUCACAUGGAGAGAAAGCACACAUCUAUUCUCUGCACAGAACAGGCUCUGGAAGCUGCUUUCUGAUGACCUCUUCCUCAGAGCCUUUAUUCUGUUUCUUUGUACUUGAAUUGGCACCUACCCAGAGCAAUUUGCAAACUGCUGCCUGCAACGAGCUGUCGUUAGCUCGUGGAGUUGUCACGUGCUGUUUCUUCACCUGGUAAUUCUCUCCAUUUCUUGAGCAUCUCCAUGCAGACAUCCACCUUCAUACACACGUCUUUAUCUCACAGGCGAAGUGAGGAGGUCGAUUGACUCACGGUGUUUGUGCCCAACAGGCUGAGUUUUUAUUGCCUGAUCCUCACUGGUCUUUCAUGUGUGGACUGUGAGGUUUUUGUUGUUGUUGUUGCUUUGUUGGAGUUUCACCAUGUUGUCCCGGUCUCAAACUCCUGAGUCCAGGUGAUCCGCCCGCCUCGGCCUCCCAAAGUGUUAGGAGUACAGGUGUGAGCCACCGUGCCUGGCCCCAAUUACACUUUUUCUUUUAAAACGUACAGUAAAGUUCUUAUUGGCUAGAGUCAGCCUGUUGUGCUACCUACUAUGUGAGGGCUUCUAAGCAACAGUAAAGCGUUUGGAUUUAACAUCAAUGGUGAGACGUCUUUAUCUUACAAAACGUGGGGAACAAGCAGAACACCACACCCGGCCUGU